CCUGCUGCUGCCUCUCAACCGAAUGGGAUUCCAUGUAGUCUGCAGAUAGACUUAACUUUAUAAAGUCUUUUUUCUUUAUUUUUCAUUGCGAUUAAAAUAUAUUUGUCAUCAUCAUUAUUAUUUUGCCUGCUGUCAAGUUAUUCUAAAAUUAGGAAGUAAUGAGCGUGGAUGCAUUGGGAAGCCCCGUGAUGGACCCUACGUUUUCCAAACGGAACACGGCGCUGAGAUUAGUUGACUUGGCAGGGGCUCACCACCAUCACCAUCAUCACCACCAUACCCCUCAGAGCGUGACAGGCUUCCCGGGGUUCAGCAGCCAUCCACACUCAAUGGCUCACUCGCACCCUGGGGAGAUUACUGCGGAACCCCGCCUGGGGCCGAGUCCAUUCGGGCCAGAACACAUGGGGCACUCCGCGGCCCUCAAAAUCAGCCCAGCCCAUCAUUAUCCCCACCACCAUCACCACCACCACAAUCAUCAUAUGGCAGGCCACAGUGAAGUGGUCUCCAGUCAAACGGGAGCUUUUGGCCCGGUUCAGGCGACAUCGGUCCCCUAUUCUAUGUCUCACACGGCCCAGGCUUUAUCCGCAGGUAGGGAUUUCCUCAUCCGGAGAGAUCUGACAGCUCAAGCCAUGCCAGUACUGACUGACCAGACUGCUGGUUCAGCCUCUCACCACGGAAUGUUUGUCUCAACAACAGGUAGCUACCCCGGACACUAUGGUCAUCACCCUGACGCUGGGAACCAUACCCUCUUCUCCGGACUCCAUCACGACCAGCCUUCUAGCGGAUCACCGGGUGGCCAAGCGUUGAAUGGACAAAUAAGGUUAGGACUACCUGGAGAAAUGUACGUUAGGUCUGAUCACUUGAGUCAAGUGGCAAGCUCCAGGGCUGAUCCGUUCUCCGCCUCGCCGUUGCAUGGCUACGGUGGUCUGAAUCUGAACAUGAAUCUUAGCGCUCACCACCACCACCACCACGGAGCCGGUGCCUUUUUCCGCUACAUGAGGCAGCCGAUAAAGCAAGAGCUGAUUUGCAAGUGGCUGGAACCGGAGCACUCGCCGAAGAAACUUUGCUCCAAAACUUACAGCACCAUGCACGAACUCGUAACGCAUGUGACGGUGGAGCACGUUGGAGGACCGGAGCAGGCGAACCAUAUAUGUUUUUGGGAAGAGUGUCCGAGGGAAGGCAAACCAUUUAAAGCCAAGUACAAACUUGUAAAUCACAUUCGAGUGCACACCGGGGAGAAACCGUUUCCAUGCCCAUUCCCUGGCUGUGGGAAAGUGUUCGCGAGAUCCGAGAAUCUUAAGAUCCACAAAAGGACGCACACAGGUGAGAAGCCCUUCAAAUGUGAGUUUGACGGCUGCGACAGACGCUUCGCCAACAGCAGUGACCGGAAAAAGCACUCCCACGUCCACACCAGCGAUAAGCCCUACAACUGCAAAGUGAGAGGCUGCGAUAAGUCCUACACACACCCCAGCUCCCUGAGGAAACACAUGAAGGUGCACUGCAAGUCCCCCCCGCCCAGCUCAGGCUACGAGUCCUCCACCCCGUCCCUUGUCUCCCCCUCCUCAGACUUGGGCCGGGAGCCAGGAGGCUCCUCGGUGCUGUCGGAGCCGGUGGGAGCCUCCCAGCCCGCGAAUUUAAGUGAAUGGUACGUGUGCCACAGUUCAGGUGCCAGCGGCGCCCAAACACCGCCCAGCGGGCCCUCCACACCCGACCCCACAGACGAGCCACCUUACAGAAACCCAGAACCGAGGGACGCGUUUUAAUCCAAUUGGACUCAAACACGGUGCCAGAAGUGACAGAACACAUUUUCAAAAGCUUAACUAUUAAAAAUGGUUUGGCUUCGGUGCCUAUACGCCUGCGAAGGCCCACUGGUCCCCCUUUUGGAUGAGCCACCAAACAAGACACCCCAGAGCCAAGAGACGCAUUUGAACCACAUUGGAAGGAAAAAGUGCAAACCUUAAAGACGUGCUAAUUUCCAGGCACAGUUAAAAGAAUAUAUUUUCAAACCUCAGCUACUCAAAAUGGUUGGCUCAGUGCCUACGCGCCCUGACGGCCCACUUGUCCACUUGUGGAGAGAGUCGUGUAAAUCCGUUAGACUAUGUGGUACAUUAUUGUAGGCUAGGCAUGUUGGUGUACAAUUAUUUUGUAAAUUCGAGUUUCGACUUCGAUAUGUUUUUAUUUAUUUUUCAAUCUGAUAUUUUGUAUUAUCGAACCAAAGUGCAUGUUUCAAUUAGGGCGAAGAUGUACAUUUGUAAAUUUUGUAA